AACGCAAUGCGAUGCAGCCUUCCAAAUUCGGGUUGUGCACAAUGUGCAAGAAUCAACAAGUCGUAGUCGACGAGUAAAGUGAUUUGAGCGUCACAAUGAGCUCACUGACAUGACCCACAAGGCGCUUUAUUCGAUUCCCAGCUAUGGAGUUCCUCUACAGUGUCACCAUCUUCCUCCUGGGUCUCCUCUGCGUGCCCUCUGUUGCCCACUCGGCCGUCAAUACUUGUCGGGAUUUCAGUAAUGGUGGAGAGUUUCCCAUGCUGCUCAUCACGAAUGGGCAGCUCUACGCUCCGUCACCCAGAGGUCGCGCCAUGAUUCUCACGGGAGGGGGAUCAAUUAUCUCCAUUCUACCGGAGGAUUACCCUUUGGGCAAUCUCACCGGGUUGCCUGUGAGAGUAGUGGAUGCGGCAGGUGGGUUUGUAGUGCCUGGAUUGAUCGACAUUCAUGCGCACGUCACGGGAGGAGGAGGGGAGAUGGGUCCUGCCAGUCGCACCCCCGAGGCUACUGUGGAAGAGCUUGUUGCUUCUGGGAUUACGACUGUCGUCGGUAUUCUUGGCACCGAUUGUGUGUCUAGAAGCCUUGAGAACCUUCGUGUUAAAGUGGCAGCGCUGCAGCGCCAAGGCAUCACGGCGUACAUGUGGAGCGGGUGCUACCGUGUGCCAACCCCUACUCUCACCGGCUCGCUAAUUCGAGAUUUGCAGCUUAUUGACGAGGUCAUUGGUGCCGGUGAGAUCGCCAUCAGUGACCAUCGGAGUAGCUGGCCCACUACGCAGGAGCUAUUAGGCUUGGUUACAGAUGCCCGAGUUGGAGGUAUGUUAUCCGGAAAGGCAGGAAUUGUGCACUUCCACACAGGGUCUGCGGAUUCACUGUUGCAGCCGCUUUGGGAUGUGGUGAAUGCAAGUAGGGGUGCCAUUCCUCUGAUGCACAUGAUACCCACUCACGUCUCCAAUCGCGGGCCUGCUCUUCUCAAGGCUGCUGAGGAAUGGGUGAUCAAAGGAGGGCACGUUGAUUUCACAUCCGAUCAGGAAGACGAACGAGUGUCAUACGAUGCACUGAUGGACUGGAACAAACGUAUUGGAAAUAUUGCUCUCCAGAGAGUUUCCCUCUCCUCAGAUGCGUUCGGCUCUCUACCAAAAUUCAAUUCUGAAGGAGAGCUUGUAGAUUACCAAGUUGCAUCUCCCAAAGCAAAUUUGAACACUAUACGGCGACUGGUGCAGAAGGGCAAGUGGGCACUUGAGGAUGCUCUGCAAUUCAGUACCACCAACCCCGCCUCUUUUCUGACUUUGGAGUUAAAAGGGAAAUUGGAGGCAGGGGCAGAUGCAGAUAUCGUAAUAUUGAGCCCCGAAGGCCUUGAAGUCCAGAAUGUGAUUGCACGUGGCAAGCUGUUGAAAACACCGUCUGCUACGUGUGGAAGGUUCGAAAUGACUAUCGACCUGGCGACGAAUAAAGUGUUUUAGUAAUCAAGACCCUCGAAGAUCUCUGAUUUGAGUAAGCUCCUACGCACAAAGCUUCGACGUUCAUCGAACAAGAUGUCAAUGUGCUUGAGCCUCUCAAAGAUAGGAAAUUGGUACCAUAAUCGUCAUCUGUUUUUCCAUUGUACAGGGAGCUAAGACUGUCAUUGCGACUCGUUAGUACUGUUUUCUAAUACAUGUCACGUAAACAUCAUGUGUUUUUUUGUUAACAAUGCAAUCUUGUUUCUUUGAUCUCCAA